AUCAUGUAUGAGAUGUGCUGAAGGUCGCAAUGGAGAUGGCCCAGUAAAGCAAGUACGGUAGGCGCAAUCAACGGCAGCAGUCACCACCAACGCGCUUAACGGCCAAUUAGGGCCAACGCUGAUCCUAGUGUAAAGAGCAACUUCAGCUUACCUGAAACUACGUGGCUGCGAACCAGUAUAGCGAACAAUUUAUUCCCGCGCGCACGCGAUCGCGUUAACCCUGUUGUAUAACCACUUGUAAUAUAGAUUAGUAUCCAUUUGAAUCACUUGCAAGGCCUCUAAGCUUCGGGCUGCGGUUCCGCAGCACCCUGCGUUACCGAUCGGCCGCCGCUUAGUUCCCCCAGCUACGGCGCGUCGCUCCACCCGCAGCAAGCCAUCAUGGACUACCAGGGGGAGCAGGACAUGGAGCUGGAGGCGCUUCAGGCCAUCCUGAUGGACGACCUCAUAGAGUACGAGGGCAACCUGCCCAGCGGCUGGGUUGCCGCGGGCAAGACCUACAAGAUCGUCAUCGCGCCCGACGAGGAGGACGGCGCUGACUCGGGCGAGUACCCGCUCAAGGCCGAGCUGCUGUUCGCGCACACGCCCAAGUACCCCGAGGAGCCGCCCAGCCUGAAGCUGCGCAGCGUGACGGGCCUCAGCGACUCCGACCUGGCGGAGGCCACUGCCGUACUGGAGGAGCAGGUGCAGGCCAACCUGGGCAUGGCCAUGAUUUACACGCUCAUGGGGGCGGCCAAGGAGUGGCUGCAAGGCCGGGUGAACAGCGGGCCGGUGACGGACCCCGAGGUGGAGCGACGGAAGGCUGAGGAGGCGGCGGAGCGGAAGCGCGCGGAGGCCCGAGCGCACGGCACUCCCGUCACUUUGGAGACCUUUGCGGCGUGGAAGGCCCGCUACGACGCGGAGGUGGCUGCCGCGCGCGCCAAGGCGGCGGAGGCGCUCAAGGAGGACGACAAGGCGCGGCGGCUCAGCGGCAAGGCAUGGUUCCUGCGGCAGGCUGCUGAGGGCGCUGAUGCGGUGGUGGGCGACGACGAGGCGGGUGUGCUCAGCGAGGACGACGAGGAGGACUUUGAUGAUGCGGAGGGCGCUGCUGAGGAGGAGGAGCUGGUGGAGGAGGAGGACGAGGAGGACGACAUCGACUAUGAGGACGAUGACGAUGAGGGAAUGCUGGACGAGCUCUGACAGGGGGGAGAGCCGUGUGUGGGCGGGCGGCCAUGCUGCCGCUGCGGGGCUGGCGGUGGCUGCGGAAGCGGCUGGGCUGCUGCUGGGUGAUUUCUGCUGCUGCUUAGUCGCAGGAUUUGCUGCUCGGAAAUUUGUGUUUGCGAGCGAGCUGGUUUGGUUGCUUGCUCGUGUGGUGCAACUGCAGUAGCGGGUUGUGUAGUGCAUGCGGGAUGGGGAGUGGUAGCGCGGGUUCGUCGGACGGCGGAUAAGUCUGUAGGCGGCGGUCACCAGAUGGGAGGCCUUGUGCUCUGCCUCGAGGGUGCUGGUGGUCCGGCGCAACUCCAGGGAGAGGAGGCGUGCUGUCCACACAUGUGCGCGUGUCAUACCUUCCUGCAAGGAGUCGUCUGGGAGGCGCUGGUAGCUGCUGCUGCGGGAGGUGCGCUGAGUGCCACACUGGGGGCGUGGGCAGUGGAGGGCUGCUGUGUGUGUUCGGUGCAGCAGCAGCAGGUGGGAGAGGUAACGGGUCGGUCCCGCUGCUGGUUGCACGGCAACAGCAUGGAGGCAAUGCAGUGGCGCGCCGCUACCGGUUUGCCUCGUAGGAGCUGUGACAGGCGGCUGGGUGGUGGACUGGUGAGGCAAGCAGGACAGCAGCGGCAGCGGCUCGGCCGUCCACACGUCUUGCACGUGUGCUGGGGGCAGCGAUGGGCUGUGGGACGGUUCCGGUCUGCUGCGGUACCGUUAAGCACGGCUGCCCGGGCCCGUGGAGAGGCGGUAGCGGUGGGU